CUCCAUUUUAAAAUAUCCCCCCAGGCGACGGCGUGGGAUUUAACUAUUGUAUAUUCACAUAGGGUAUUCCAAAUAUCAGCGUUCUCAAAAAACCGGAACGUAUAGCGCUGGAUUAUAUUCCUCUAAAACGAAUAAUAGAGUUGCAGCCUGUUUUGAUGUGUCUUUCUUGAAAUAUCACCCCAAGAAGGCCCCAUUUCAUAGGAUCGUUAUAUAUUCAUAUAUCUCAUUCCAGCUGUCAUAACUUUCAAAAAAUGAAUGUUCUCAAAAAAACCUGAAUGUAGAGGGCUAGAUUAUAUCCCUCUUUAACGAAUAAUAGAGUUGCAGCUCGUUUUGAUGUGUCUUUCUUGAAAUAUCACCCAUAGAAGACCCCAUUUCAUCCUACAAUAGUAUAUUCAUAUAUCUCAUUCCAGCUGUCACAACUUUCAAAAAAUGAAUGUUCUCAAAAAAACCUGAAUGUAGAGGGCUAGAUUAUAUCCAUCUUUAACGACUAAAAGAGUUGCAGCCCGUUUUGAUGUGUCUUUUUCAAAAUAUCACCCCGAGAAUGCUCCAUUUCAUACUAUCAUUAUAUAUACAUAUAUCUCAUUCCAGCUGUCAUAACUUUCAAAAAAUGAAUGUUCUCAAAAAAACCUGAACGUGCACUGGGCUAUUAAAUGUAGCCUAUUAUUUUGCAAAAUACAAAUAGUCUUUUUUCUGAACAAACUGCAGCAUGAAUAAUAAAACAUUUAAUUGCCCUUAUGACUUGCAGUAAUUGUCUGGGAUUUUUGUAGAAAUAAAUAAAAAAUUUCUUAUUCAACAAAAACACUUCUCAGUUCGUAAUCUAUAUUUUUAUGGAUAAUGACACCUUAACUCUGAAAACCCAUUGUUAGCAAUAACGCAUUGGCUACUAAAUAGAAGGUCAAUGGCGGCGACGUUGCUGCUGACCCAACGCAGUUCACACAAUGUUUCAUUAGUGUAUGAGGCUUACGUGACAUUAUGGACGCCCUUAUGAACAUUUGCGUAAGCAUUCAGCAUUGCGUAAGAACAUUGUAGCGUAAUUGACUCAAUAAAUAUAUGAUGCUUGCUCGAAAUUAUACGCGUUCUUGACGAAACAGGCAGCGAGUGCUUCUUUGGUGUAAGGAAGUAGGGACAAGUGCAAAAUAAAAUAAUAUUCAUAAAGAUCAUGUGAAGGAAUAAAUACUUUCCUCAUAACUUGGAAAAUGCACAAAAUUCCUGUCAUUGGAUUACUGAUGCACUCUUCAAGAUGACCGAACGACUUUACAAGUAAGUGAAACUUUGUAAUAGCUGUCAUGACUUGGGCCUACAUAUAAUUACUUUUCUCAGUUAUCACAAAUAUAGGACAGUUUUAGCUAUUUAUAAUAAGGGAGUAAUGUAGUAAAGGGGGGUAUGUAAAAGGAGUUGAAUGGUGCGUUUUAGUAAAUCAGAGUGAUUUAAGCAAAAUGUUCGAUUUCAGUGUAGCUACAAAACACCAUCAAAGGCACUGUUCAAAGGAUUUGUUGAAUCAAAUUUACGCAACGUAUGUUGGUUAAGUUGUCAUAUAAUAGGGCUGGGUAAACUAUUUUGAUUCUCCGAUUUUAAUCUAUUCUCAUUUUAACCGAACAAUAUCGAAUGAUAUCGUGCAUCAGACAAUUAUCUCUACUUCGCCUCUCCUCCUGAGAAUGGCGCCAUUUCACUUUGCCAUUAUCAUCCCUGACUAAUUCAGAGGAUCGUGGUGAAAGGUCCAGAAAGACUUUAUAGGCCUUUUUCAACAUAUUUAUUACCCUUUUUCUAGUUUGUUUUUAUUGUAACAGUACUUUUUCAGUAAUGUACAUUGUACAUUAUUAUGAUUUCCUGUUACAAUGUUUGUUACUCAAGUAAAGUCUAUAGAGUAUUUCAUAACAAUUGUGUGGGUCUAUUGUUAAUAUAAAUGUUAGUUCAGUAAUACUGCUCAGUAGGAGGGUGUAAGUUAUAGUAUUUAUCUGUGAUAAUGAAUGCAAUGUUUGAUAAACGAACAUUUUCAAUGAAAUAAUGAUGAACUAAUCUAUGACGAACUAAUCUAUAUAAAAUCGAAUCAUAGUUGUAAUUAUAAUCAAAUUCAUAUUCAUAUAGAUAACAAUCUAAUCAAAUUGGCAGACUGGUCACAAUUCCCAGACAUGUCAUAUUUAUUAAAAACAAUGUUAAAUGUAUAUCAAAUGAACUUAAACUAUAAUAAAAUGCUAUUGGUUCGAUCUCAGGGAACACAAACGUUAGUUAAAGGACACUAAGAUUAUAUACUGUGAAAAGACUAUAUUAAAUGAAAAAGUUAUAUUGAUGAAAUCAUCUUAAUCUUAAUUUAUUGGGUAAUUUUGAUGAGAAAUGUUUAAAGUGCAGAAAAACGUUCUUUUUAAAUUUCUCCUUAGAAAUAUAGGAGACUUAAGCAAAUGUUAACAUUUUCUCUCAAUUUCAUAUGUUGAUUGUUCAUGAUGUCUGUGUGUCUAAACUAAAGUAAACUGUAAUUAAAAAUUGUAUGCAUAACAUUGUCAAUGCUCAAAAGAAAUUUAAAACUGACCAUAAUAGAACUGUUGUUUUUUGUGGCCAAAACUUAACUCAUUUAAAGCAACAAGAUUACUUGUCUUAUGUUGAGUUCACAAAUCCUUUUUACAGUGCAUUUUUUGUGUUAGUUAUCAAACGAAAUGUGUUUCAUAACAAAAAGUGGUGGAAAAUAAUCACUUACAUAACAGUCAUUGUUUAUUGUUUCAGGUUCAAGGUGUUUGGAAAUGGAAUUCAAUCUGUGAAUUUAGAUACUAUCUGUAGGGAAGUCUCGAAAUUGCAAUGUGAUGGAAAAAAUAUUACAGACUCCUAUUACUGAGAGGAUUCUCUCUGGGGCGUGCUAUGCACAUCUCUGUCUGUACCAAAUCAAAUACAUAACAGAAGAAAACUUCAGUUAAUACAUUCAAAACGUGUUCAGGGGUCAUGGUUAUUAAACUUGAAAAAAAAAAUUCUACAGGAUGCAACUUUCAGUGGUGUUCCACCAGAAGAAACAGGGGAACAACUUUACUGUGUGUGCAGAUGCCCGAAUGACCCUGACAAACCAAUGGCACAGUGCAGUAGCUGUCUUGAUUGGUUUCACCCAGACUGUGUUGGAUUCAAAGACAUCCAGGAAAUUGCAGUCAUUUCACCUUGGUUAUGUCCACAAUGCGCUGUAAAAAAGACAGAGAAAACAAAACUAAGGAAAACCAAGCUAACUUUCACUUCUCCAGAUAAAAAUGAUUCAGACAAAGAAUAUCUUGAAGACACACAACUUUGUAAUAAAAAAGAUAACAAUAGGCCUACCUGUUCAAAACAAGCAGAUCAGCAAGAACCUCUACAAGGGCAGUCUUACUGUGCAACAGUUUCCUUCUCAAUUUUCCAUAAAACUAACAAGGGAAGAGUGGAAAAAAAUAAAACCCUCUGUUCGACAAGGGUAUAGACUGCUCAAUCAUGGAUGGUCAGAAGAAAAUUGAUCAAGAACUGCACUGUGUCCUGGCUUUUAAGCAUAACAGGGUGAAGCUCCAAAAAUCAAGGAAAAAAAAGUCACCAUUUUGGUACGGGAAAGCAUACUGUAAAUUUCGAAACUGUGCAUCUUUUCAAUUGUUUAUAUACAAUAAACCAAAAAUGCAGACACAGUAACAAUCAAUGUGAAAGUAUCUGGUGAAAUAGACCAUUCUGGAGAAAUGUCUUUUAAAAGGCGCACAAGUGCUGUGGAGAGGGACAAUCUAAAACAAAUGCUUGGUGAAUUCACACCAAUGCAUUUGCACACCAAAAAACUAGCUGCAGCAGAUGAAGAAAAACUCAUAAUGGGUAAUUCAAAUCAGGUUCCUACUUUAGGAGUUCUUCAAAAAAUUUCAAGUCAGAAAAAUCUAGAAAACAGAAUGGAAGUGCAUCCACUACUGGACUGCUUGAAAAUCCAGGAGUCUCAGGACCUGAACCAGAAAUUCACACCAUUGAAGCAUCAAUACAUACAAUUUGUGGCAGGUUCACCAUUUGCGACACAUAUGUACACCGUAAAACAACUUCAGCUUUUAAAGGACCUACAGAAGGAUGAAAAACUUCUUCUCUAUCUAGAUGCGACAGGAUCUGUUGUAGCAAAGCAAAAUGGAUAUAAAAGAAUACUAUACUAUGCACUUUGCUGCCCGGUUCAGUCUACCACAUCAGGCACAACAGUUGCUGCAGCAGAGAUGCUAUCAUCCGAUCAAAGCACACCCACAAUCCAACACUGGUUGAACUGCCUUAACAGGGAUUUCACCUACAUGUUCAAACAAAGCCUUCAACCUCAAAAAAUAGAAACAGAUUUCAGUUGGGCAAUAAUUCACGCAACAUUGCAAACCUUCUGCCAGACAAAUGUGCACAGGUACCUACAGCAAUGUAUUGAGGUGUGCAUGGAAGGAAAACCAUGUACAUUCACUGUUGUACACAUAUGUGCUGCACACAUGUUGAAGUUGCUGUGCAACAAAAUUGCAAAAGCAAAGUGUCCAAGGGAAACAAGAGCAUUGUUUCUACAUUCAUUCGCACUGAUACAGAAUGCCUCCAAACUGGCUGAUAUCCAGUCUUUGUUGCAAGACAUCUGUACAGUUUUUUCGGAAAGAAAUGGUUUGUUUACUCUGGAUAGUCUGCAGGCUCUGCAGACUAAAAUCCACGAUCUACCUGUGAUUGCUGCUGUUGAUGAGGAGUUUGAAGAAAAAACACUUAAAGAAAUUCUCACCGAAUCAACUCCAAAAACAAUCAUUCAUGGCUCGCCUUUCACAAAACUUUUGGAAAAAACACUGGAGACACAGAACACACAGGUCAGUGGGGCAGUGUGUUCUCAGGUCAAUCCUUACUACUGUCCAAGGCUGAUAGAAAUUCUAAAGUCAUACUUGGCAACAGUGCCACUAUGGACAGGCAUUAUGUUACAUCAUCUAGGAAAAACCAGAGACACAAACACACAGGCUGAGAACUGGUUCCGAACCACCAAAGUAAUCACACUGAAAAACAAACUACACAGACGACCUGGCGAUUUCAUACAAAUUAUGUAUGAAUUCAUAUGUGGUAGGAUACGUGGUGUCUCAAUUUCUUCAAUUCGCCAAAGCAAAGUCAAUCAAAAAGACACAGAUGACAGCCAAAUUGACCUGUCUCUAAGUCAGGAGGAGAAAUGGCGUAAGCGCAGAGAGAAGAAAAAGAAGUCCAAAUAUUACAACCCACCAAAACAAAUGCAAAGCAUGGAAAGUAUUUACACUUCCCCGCCAUGGUGUGGACGAGGACAAAUAGCAAAAAAAACAAUAUCACUAAGAAACACAUGCACAAUUGACAACCUGUUGUAUUUUCUGUUCUUGGCGAUGAAGAAAGCACCUUUCUUGUUAAGCGAGAUUCAGAAUAAGCAGACCUUCGACAGAUGUUUCAGACUGUUGUUGAUGGUUUACAACCAUUUUGUAAUGCGACAGUGGUCUCUUGGGCGAAUCUCUUGGCUUGAUCAAACAUCAGAUCAAUUCAAAGGCAAACAGCUGUGGGACACAUUUGGAACGGAACAGGAAUUUGUGGUGUGCCAUUUGAAAUACACGCUUCAAACCACAAGACAAUUUGUAUGUAAUGGCCACAAUUGUCCAAACCCAGCCAAGGAAUACAAAUAUGACACUGUUGCUGUGCUGUGCAAUGACCUCUCACAACUCCAGGAGUCAUUUGACAAAUGGUCUUUCACAGAACACUAUUUUAAUUGUACAGAAAGAAGGCUAGGCUGUGUAUGUCAUGGCAGAAGAGCAUACACCCGGCGGAUAUUCACAAAUGGAAUGCCUGCGUUCAUUGCUGUUUCAAUAGAUUCGGUUGUUAGUAGCAAUGGUCAUCCUGAAAUGCUGCCAGCAGCGAUCCAACCUGCAGUCAUCAUUAAUUCCACCAGGUAUAAACCAGUCGCCAUAACAUAUCACCUGAGUGAAAAAAAUCAUUUCAUUGGAUUCCAUCGACUCUCUGGUGACCACUGGAAUUUAUAUGAUGGGAUGAAGGAAAGAAAACAGCCUGGCUCUGGAGAUCAGUCUGCAACAGCCGAAAUUAUGAAUAGUAUGUUCACAUCAGAGUGUACUAUAGGUCACAUUCUUCUCCUAAGGACAGAGGUGGAACAAGGUGAAGCUGACAAAAAGACCUCUCACAAUGAUCUGGAUGACACAAUCAUCAUGAUAAGUUCAGAUGAGGAAUAUGGUGAUGGAUGCAUAAAGACCUCUGCUGAUGAAGAGGAUGAUGCAGUCAUCAUAAUAAGUUCUGACAAGGAACAAGGAGAUGCAUUCAGUUCACACAAGAAACAGGGUGAUGCACUCAUGAAGGCUACUACCAGAAUAUUACAUGGCACUGACACAGAGAUUUCUAAUGAGGAGGAACACAAAGACACAUCCACAAAGAGAUCAAAACCCGAAGAGAACGGGCCCUGCAUGGCACAGUACAUUUCUGCUUGCUGCUACCAAAGGACCAGAAAUAAAACUGUAAAUGGUCAUAUAAAGAAUGUGACAUGGAUCAAGUGCAAUACUUGUGCAGGAUGGCUACAUACUGACUGCGCAGGUGUAGAUGAAAAUAAUGUUGACUCAGACAUCCCCUUCAACUGUGGCUGCCAAAUGCAGAGUCCUUAUCCAUUUGUGCGUACCCGGAAAGUGAUUAGACAAGGACUUAUAGCAGACGUCCUAACAGAUGAGGAAAUAAAGGAAGUUGCUCAUGACCUGAAAGUGGACGUUUUGAGGUCAAAUAGAAUGUAUCUCCACAAACAUCCGACAUUUGACCCCAAGUUUAAAAUGUUGAGAGACUCUUUCAUUGCGAUUUUUAACGAAUAUCAGACUGAAGCAUUGGCAGAUCGCAUUAAAAAUGCACUGGAUGAAGACGAUGCAGGAAAUGUUUCCUUUAUCACUGAAGUACUAACACCAGAGCUUACUAUUGUGAUUCUGAAGAAGACUGAAGGCUUCAGUCGAUAUCAAGCCGAAAGAUGCUUUGGUACAGGAUUAUCACAUUAUUUAUAGUCAUUUUCUGGACCUCCCUCCUGCCAAAAGACAGAGAAAAUAUCUGUCUGGUGACUUCUGAACACUGAUGCUGGAAUGUGCCUUUAUUAAAGUUAAAUUAUCUGGUAAUAUAAUGUAAUAUAAGAUAAUAUAAUACAGUUGUUAAUAACGUUUGUAAAUAUAUUAUUGUGAACCUAUGGUAUUGUUUGCCGAUUACUAAACACACACAUGUACACACAGAGUUUAUCAUUUGAUUAAGGUUGUAGUUGAGACAGAGUAAAGAAUGAAGCAUGAAGUUACUGCAGUAAUGUAACACAAUACGUUCAGGGUUUUUUGAGAGCAAUGAUAUUUUGAAAGUUGUCAAUAUACCAUGCUUAAUAUACCAUGCGGUCUUCUGGGGAUGAUAUUUCAGAAAAGACGCAUCCAAACGGGCUCCAACUAUUUUAGUCGUUAAAGAGGGAUAUAAUCUAGCCCUCUACGUUCAGGUUUUUUGAGAACAUUGAUUUUUUGAAAGUUGUGACAGCUGGAAUAUCCUAUGUGCAUAUACGAUGGUAGUAUGAAAUGGGGUCUUCUAUGGGUGAUAUUUCAAGAAAGACACAUCAAAACGAGCUGCAACUCUAUUAUUCGUUAAAGAGGGAUAUAAUUUAGCCCUCUACAUUCAGGUUUUUUUGAGAACAUUGAUUUUUUUUAAAUUAUGACAGCUGGAAUGAAACAUAUGAAUAUACUAUUGUAUGAUGAAAUGGGGCAUUCUAUGGGUGAUAUUUCAAGAAAGACACAUCAAAACGAGCUGCAACUCUAUUAUUCGUUAAAGAGGGAUAUAAUCUAGCCCUCUACGUUCAGGUUUUUUUGAGAACAUUGAUUUUUUGAAAGUUAU